AUGGAAGCGCACGAGAAGACGGCGGUCUGCCAUGCGUCAUUGCGCCGUCGGCCCAAUCCAAAGCACUGCAGCUUCGCUUGCUGGCCAGCCUGCUCCUUUUCUUCUUCUAUCCACUGCCCAUUACCUCAUCAGCUUAGCUCAGUUGGCGGCUCCGUGGAAAAGCCGCUGCCAAGAACGUCCGGGUUCAAGGUCAGGGGGUGGCCAAUCGAGAACAGCACAGAAUCGCCCAGGGAUCGCUGGACUGGACUGGCUGCGUCUUUUGCCCAGGCUCGCGUUCCCGCGUCCCCGAUUCCGCCCAGAGCCGAGCAGCAAAGCGAGGGCGAUGGGAUCGAGAAAGGCAGAAAAGGGAUCAAUCAAUACUACUGGAUGUACCUAUUUCCGAAUCCUAACGAUGGUAGGAGUAGUACUUACAUAGGCGCCGGAUCCCGUGAUGCUCUGGCUAGUCAGUCCGGACAUGCCUCUUACAUGGUUGCCUGCGGCCGACUACCGAACGCCGAAGACAGCUGGCACAGACCCGCAAUCAGCAGCUCGAGACUGAUUGGCUCUGCAAGAUUCGAUACAGUCAAUACCAAAUGCCCAAUUCAGAAAGCGCUAUUUUCGUCGGUAUUGCUGCUGCUGGCAUUGGCGAGUUCUGGGAACCGAGGGACGGCCAGCAGCAAUACGGACCCUCUGAGCUGGUCUUUUUUUCUCCACGGGGCCGGAUAG